AUGGAGAACAGCAGUGAAAGUAGGCAAAGAGGAUCCAAGAAGGGUGAUCCAUUCUUUGAAAGUGGGCCUGGCUUUGAUACUAGUUUCUUUGCUGUAUCUAAUAAAGCCUUUGUUCAAAGGGAUUGGACAAAAUGCCAUGUCAGCUGUUCUCACUGUGGUUGUGGAGCAACAUUAGGCAAAGGACUGAAUAGAGGGUUGGGGACUCUGCUGGCAGGAUCAUUGGCAUUUCUUGUUGAGUAUAUUGCUGACAUCGUUGGUCGGGUUUUUCAAGCUGUUUUCAUUGGUGCUGCAGUUUUUAUUUUAGGAGCUACGACUACUUAUGUGAGGUUCAUCCCCCAUAUCAAGAAGAAUUAUGACUAUGGUGUUAUGAUAUUUCUCUUGACUUUCAAUUUGAUAACUGUAUCAAGUUACCGUGUUGAUAAUGUGUGGGAAAUUGCUAAAGAUCGUAUAGCCACCAUUGCUAUAGGUGGUGGCCUAUGUCUUGUAAUGAGCCUAUUGGUUUUCCCAAACUGGUCAGGGGAAGACCUCCAUAAUUCCACCAUAUCAAAGCUUGAAGGCCUAGCCAAUUCUAUAGAAGCUUGUGUAGUGAGAUAUUUUCAUGAUUCUGAAAAUCAAGAAACCCAAGAUGAUUCAACUGAGGAUCUGAUUUACAAAGGUUACAAGGCUGUUUUAGAUUCCAGAGCUAAAGAUGAAACACUGGCAUUACAAGCAAGCUGGGAGCCAAGAUGGUCAAGGUAUUGGCACAGAAUCCCAUGGUGGCAAUAUACAAAAGUGGGAACUACUCUUCGCCAGUUUAGUUACACUGUUGUUGCACUACAUGGGUGUCUGUUGUCUGAAAUUCAGACACCGGGGUCAAUUCGAGCCCUAUACAAAGACUCUUGCAUCAAACUUGCAGAAGAAGUGUCUAAAGCACUAAGGGAACUGGCCAACAGCAUAAGGAACAAACGUCAAUUCUCCCUUCAAUUACUCUCUGAUAAUCUCAAUGAAGCUCUACAAAACCUCAACAAUGACUUGAAAUCCCAGCCACAACUUUUUCUAGGCUCAAAGAAGUUUGGUGGAACCACACAUCCUGAAGAAGACACUAGAGUCUCAUUCUCAAGUGUUAGGAGUGAUUGUUCUUCCAUGUUUGAAUAUAAAUCCAAAGAGCAUUCUGGUGAAAUGUCAAUGGAGGGACACAAGAAGGUUUUAAAGCCACUGAUGAGUAAGAUUGCGAUGACUAGCCUUGAGUUCUCAGAAGCACUGCCUUUUGCUGCUUUCACUUCUAUGCUUGUGGAGAUGGUGGCAAAGCUGGAUCACAUUAUAGAUGCAGUUGAAGAACUGGCAAAAUUGUCACGCUUUAGAGAGUUCAGAGAUGGUGAUGAGAUUGUUGUGACUUGUGAGAGACCAAAAGUAGCUAACAAUGACUUGCCUUCUCAUGCAUUAGAUUAAUUAGUAGAAAGAUGAUCAAUCCACUUGGAUUGUUAUGGGAGUAUACAUAUUCUCCCUCAUCGUUUGAUGUUUGUAUGCGAGCAAAAAUGUAAUCAAAAGCUAAUAAUUUUGUUAGCAGACAUUUUAAUCACAA